CAUCCUGAGUCGACCUCGACUCAUCUUUGUGCAUAUCUGUCAAUUUCUGAGUAAACAACAGUUGUUUUAUUUUAUUUAUUAAUAAAAUUAAUAAAUAAUAAUACUUAUGCUUCCGCCAUAUGACCAGUUUUUAGAUUGUUUAGUUUGUAUAAUGAAGAUCUAGUGUUUUCGUGAAAAUGACAGUAAUAAAAUAAGAGGAAAAUGGAGCAGCUUUUUUCUUUUACAAGUUAUUUUGUGUCAGUACCCACUGCAAUGAAUGCAAUAAUUAUCUAGUAGAAAAAUGAGUGCUGGUUCUCAAGGUUCAGCUUCGGAGCACGGUCAUGCGGUGGUUGUUUGGGAAUGGGAAAAUCGACAUGGGAGAUGGAGGCCCUACAGUCCUGCUGUUUCUCAGCACUUGGAAAGAGCUCACUACAAAAAACUCACGAGGGUCUUCCUCACCGAUGCCGAUCCGAAUCUUGAAGGAUAUUACAUAAAUUUAAAAACUAAAAUGCAAUGUAGAGAAGAGGUUGACGACUGCCAUGAAGUAAGAAGAAAAUUUUAUCUUCCUGGUUCUCCAGCUGGUAGAGGAGCUAAGUGGGAAUGGGCUGGCGAUACUGAUGAUUGGCAUACUUAUGAUAUGGAAGUACAGUGUCUUAUUGAAGAAUCCUGGGCAAAGGGUGAUAAGACUAUAGACGUUUCUAAAACGUAUUUAGGCUUCCCAUAUAUUAUAAACUUCUGUAAUUUAACUCAAGUUCGAUGUUGCACUGGUUAUGUAAGGUCUAUUCGUAGAAUUUUACAAGCACCUUAUCCCUUAGUCAAAGUAACUCUGGAAGAAUUACACAUCAAUACCGAAAAGAAAUUUAUGUCCUCUAUUUCAAAGUCUGGAAGUUCUAAGUCAACAGUCAAUAAGAAGACUUCAAGUAAUAAGAAAAAUAAUAAGAAAAGUAAAAAUGAAACGGGUCCAACAAACAUUGCUAAAGUAAUUUUAAGCAAUUUCAACAUCUUUAGCAGCAAACAUGGUGUAGAAAACAAUUCGGAGAAUUCAGUUUCGUGUGAUCAAAAGAAAAAGUCAUGGGACGCAAUUUUAGAUGCAGAUUCAAGUAGUACAAAGAGUGGCCGAAGACCCAGUGUAGAUACAGUUUCUACUUACCUCAGUCAUGAGAACCCUAUUGACUUGUUGGACAACAGUGUGGGUAGUGACGAAGUUUACAAAGAAUCUAUUGUUGAAUUUCAAAACAAUGCAGGAGUGGAUAUGGCUUCUGAUGUAAUAUCGCAAUAUGUCAAAGUUGUGGAAAGUGGUGAAUCUGACUCUUGUCCAGUGUGUCUUGGACCACCAGAACCAUUAACAGUAGAAUUGACACGCUGUAGACAUAGAUUGCACUUGGCGUGUCUUAAUGUAAUGUUACACAAUCAAAAACAUCCGAUUUAUAUUCAGUGUCCCGUAUGUGGGUUAAUAUAUGGUGAAAAAAGAGGAAAUCAGCCCCCUGGAAGCAUGAAUUGGACCAGAAUUCCUCGUUCGCUCUCUGGAUUUCAAAAUUCAAAUACCAUUCAAAUUACGUACGACAUUCCAUCAGGAAUCCAAGGUCCAGAACAUCCUAAUCCAGGUGAAAUGUAUUACGCAGUGGGAUUUCCAAGAGUUUGUUAUCUUCCAGACAAUGAAUUGGGACGAAAAGUAUUAAGACUGCUUCAGGUUGCAUUUGAUCGAAGACUGAUUUUCACUAUUGGACGAUCCGUAACAACAGGACGAGAAGACGUUGUUACGUGGAAUAAAAUUCAUCACAAAACAGAAUUAGGACCCUCGAUUUCCAGACACGGAUAUCCGGAUAAAAAUUAUUUAGAGCGUACCAUAGCAGAGUUAGCUGCUCAAGGUGUAACUGACUUUCAACCAUAUUCCACUCUUUAUCAGGAACUUCACUAAUUUCUUAUCGAUCGAAUUCAAAGAAUCCUACGAAACUAUAGUACAAAUAUUUAGAUUUUUCUUUCGUUUCGAUUUUGAUUAGAAAUUUUGUGUUUAUUUUCACAAUAUGGUUGGAAUGGAGAUAGAGUUGUUUGAGUUCGUGUAUGCGUAGUACAAAAACUCGUAUCAUUUAUAUAAUAAACUACUGUAAAGGUAAAUCACAGACACACAAAAAAUCCUUUUUAUGAUCUGGGCAUCUAUGUUUUCGGGAUUGAUGAAUCCGAAUUCGAGGCUGCAUAAUUUUUUAAAAAAAUUGAGUAAAAAGAAAAAUGUCCUUAUAUUCGUAAUUUGCAACCCCAAAAGUCCAUAUUGGGACAUUUUUCUUUUUAAAAAUGUACGCAACCUGGGAUUCGGAUUCAACAACUCCAAAAUGGGUGAUUCUUAACUCAAUGAUCACUUUUUAUUCCUAACUGUUACCUAUUUAAUAAAACUUUAAAAAUUAUUUUCAAAUCUGCUUCGAACUUUUAGACAAUUAAUCUUUACUAUGUUUUUUAGUAAUAUCAUAAUCGAAAAAAUUUCUUUUUCGAAACAAAAGUUAUGAUUUAAUUGGAAUUGGCUAAACUUUUCUCCAUUCUCCACACAGAAAUCAUGAAGUCUAAUAUGGUUUAUUUUACACAAAGCUUAUUUUAAUCGUGUUUUUAUAUAAAUAAAAACACCAUUCGAAAGUUCAUCUCCAAAAUUAAGUUUCUAUAUGUUAUUUCCAAUUUUCAAUGAUAAAUUUGUGUAAAAAUAUUUUUUUUAAUACUUUCUUCAAGUGGAGAUGCUAUUUUGUUAUUCGGAACCGGAGUUUACAUUUUUAUGGAUUUUCAUUAUUUUUAUUGAAAUUUUUAAUGCGAUUUUACCUACUAUUUAUAUUAUCAAGCUAACAAGUUGUACCUAUUUAUGUUAAAUUUGCAUAAAGAAAUAGCAUUUUUAGUUUUAAAACUACAAAAAUUAAUAGUAUUUUACUGCGCAUUUUAAUGGUAGGUAUAUGUAAACUCCAGUUCCGCGAAAAUAACUGAAUUCUUAAUACAUAAUUACAAAAAUAAAAAUAAUAGUGGUUUAGAGUAAGCAAAUCUCUUUAAUAUUAUGUAAAGAAUAAUGAUUUUAUUAAUUUUAACGGGUUUCGUGGAUUUUUUUCUUCGAUUUUAUCUGUUUUUACAUUAUUUUUAUUAUUAAUGGACAAAACUUGACUUUCUUAAAUUUAUUUUUUAAUCUCUAAACUAAAAAUUUUGAAAUUGUUUAUAAAAGAUUAAAAAAAGAGUUUAAGCUCAAAUAUCAACAAAAUAAUUAUUUUCAAGCUUUAUUAAAAAGAUCUACAUUGGUAAUUUCCAAAAAAAUUAAUUUUCUGAAUAGAAAGUUUUAAUAAAAAAGUAGCCGUAGUCAAAAGUUACCACUUCGUGGAGAAUUGCCCAUAUAUAGUAUUCAUAGUGAGAAGCCCAAAUUAAAAAAAUUUGUUGUGUGUUUGAUAGUUAAUGUGGGGUUAUUCACAAACUACGUCACAUUCAUAAAAGAGGAGAAUCAAGAUUUCUAAAAAGAAAAUAUAAAAUUUUCUCCAUCUUAUACCCGGUGUAGAGUUAGUAAUUUGGAUUUAUUAAAGUAAUAUAGUGUUAGUUAGCCUGAUAUGGAAAAGGCUAACACAAAGAAGUGACCUUAUACGGAUUGAGUGUAAAAUCAGUCCAAAAUUUCGUGGUCUAGUUUGUGAACAUUCUUCAAUAUGUUUGACACUAUAUUUGUUCAAAUUUAAGCAGCAAAACUUAUAUCAUGUUUUAUUUAUAAUUUUUAUUAUAUCAAUAUUUACUUAUGUUGUAAACAUGUAGUUAACUGAAAAGGAACAUUCCAUACAUGUGCUGAAAAACUGAAGUUCGCUCAAAUUUAAGUAAGUUUUUUAAUACUUUACAAAUGUGCAAUACAAUUUAUUUUAUUCGAGUCAAUUUAGUUGAAACUGUUUAAAGAGAAAUCUAAAUGAAAUUACAGUAAAUUAUGUCCUACAUUAUUAAUUCACAAUUUUAUAAAGUUGAUAAUAUACAUAAACACGAAACAUGUCAAAAUUAUUAGAGAAUUCAGGGAAAUUACUGGUUUGGGUAGCUUAAGUUUUAAUUCUAAAUCUUUUAAAAAUGGUUUGGGAGUAAAUGGGUUAUAAAUUGGCUAUAAAAUACAUGUUAGUGUACUUAUUUUUAGUCGAUAAAUUACGAAGAUUUCUCUUUAUCUGUUUCAAAAUAUUUAUUUUAUAGUGUUUUUCUAACAUUACAAUGUCAGUCUUGCCACUACUAACUGAAAACCCACUGUAAGUACAACGGAACCCUAAAUAUUUUAAAUUUUUUCCAAUUUUAUUUAGUGAGCUUUAACAAAUAUAAAAAUUUAAAAAAUGUUAUUUUUUUUACAAAAUAAGAAUUGUUUUAUAAAAAUUGAAUUAAUUGUUUUAAGAUUAUGAUGUAAGUGUACAAUAGGGUAAGUGCACCUGAAGUGGAUUAAAGCACUAAACAAAGACACUUAUUUUUUAAAGUGGAUGGAGACUAUGUGAGAGUUACAGAGAAUUAAAAAAUACAAGAUAUUUAUGACGUCAUUUUUAGCCCAGCCAGUAGUAAAUUUUUACCUAUUUUUUUGUUUGAAAAAUUCAUAGGUCUUUAAAGUCAAAGCAAGAUAUUUAAUGAGCUUAAUUAAUUUACCACUGGUGCAUUUACUCUAUGUACAUAUAUUUCAACGUCAAUUUUAAUUUGAGGGUAUAUCUUCUUGUUGCACCUUAUAAUAAAUCAUAUAUAUUUACUCAA